UAUCAGGGUUUCGAAAGUUCGGGUUUUUUUUCUCGAAAAAAGGAAGACCCAGAAAUCUAACUUUCGGUAUGCCUGCCUCGAAGAAGGUUUCCGACAGGAACCCCAUAGGACAAGUGUUCAACAAGUUGUUGGAGAAUAUUGGAGAAUCAGAGGAGUUUUCCUUGCCGGAUUGGUUGAACGAAGGGAAACCAACUCCUUACACCUACAUCAAGCGCAAUAUAUACGUGUCGGAGAAAACAAAAAAAAAGGCUGAGGACGAUGGAAUAUUCUGUUCUUGUGCCUUGUCCCAUGGCUCUUCUUCAGUUGUGUGUGGGAGUGAUUGUGAUUGUGGGUUGUUAAACGCAAGCUGUUCAUCCGAUUGCUAUUGUGGGAAUGAGUGUAACAAUAAGCCUUUCCAACAACGGCGUGUGAAGAAGUUAAAGAUAAUUCAAACAAAAAAAUGUGGAUCAGGGAUUGUAGCAGAUGAAUACAUCCAAGAAGGAGAGUUUAUCACUGAAUAUGUAGGAGAAGUCAUAGAUGAUGCGACUUGUGCACAAAGGCUAUGGGAGAUGAAAGGCCGUGGAGAAACAAAUUUCUAUCUGUGUGAGAUAAACAGAAAUAUGGUGAUUGAUGCCACUAAAAAGGGAAAUAAAUCGAGAUAUAUCAAUCAUAGUUGCAACCCUAAUACGCAGAUGCAGACAUGGAUAAUUGAGGGUGAGACAAGAAUCGGCAUUUUUGCCAUCUCUGACAUAAAUAAGGGAGAGCAUAUCACUUAUGACUAUCAGUUUGUUCCGUUUGGUGAAGAUCAAGACUGCCAUUGUGGAGCAAUAGGUUGCAGAAAGAAGCUUGGGGUGAAACCAAACAAACCUAAAUUAGUCCCGGAUGAAGAAACUCGUAACAUCGUGGUAUCUGAAUUGGCUCAGCAGACACUGCCCCCGGUUCAUCAUAAUGGAGAUAUACAUGAAGGAACAUUAAUUAACAAUCUUAGUGAAGAGCAAUCAUGUCCUCGUACUUGUAUUGGUGUAGUGAUCAGGUUAUCUCGCCCCACGAGCGAUAGGUGUUUUGGCAUCAUUAGACGUUUUCAUGAGGUUACAAGAAAGCACUCGGUGAUGUUUGAGGAUGGUGUUACUGAGUUUAUCGACCUGUCGAAAGAAGACUGGGAGAUUUUAUCUGACUGA